GGAUACAUCCUAAUGCUCCACGCCUUUCCAUCACUUUAUUUGGUGCGCACUCCCAUAUGGUGGAGGGGGCUUCAGGGGUUAACAAGACGUCCCGCGCGUUAUGUAACGCGCUCUGGAUGACGGGCACGCUCGCGUGCGCGUUGGUGUUGUUUUCUCGUCCUGUGGUGUGCGUCGUCAGUCUGCACUCAGCACAUCCUCACAGCGGAGUGGAGGCUGGCACCAGCAGCGCAGCAGCCUUUGUGCCUCAUCCCCUCUGGAACAUCGACAUCAGACAUCAGCACAAUGGGACCAUUCCAAGAAUAUGAGGAAAAGAAAUCCCCGGAGAAAGGGAGCCCCCGAAGCCGCAUCCCACGUCUGGUGCUUCAUCCUUUCCCACCCAAGGACAAGGGAUCGCCUCUGUCUGACUCCCCGUUCUCAGAGGAGGAGGGCAAGGAGUGUGACGUCAGCUCUGACCACUCCAAGAGAACCAUCAGCACCAACAGCUUUUGCUCUGAUGACACCGGCUGCCCCACUAGUCAGUCUGUGUCCCCCUCCAAAACCCCGUCAGGCUCGGAGCAGAGCGCCCAGGGAUCGCCGGUGCUCCCCGAGCGCAAAGCCAAAGUCAAGAGGGUGCGGGUGGCGGCCGAGUGGAGCGGCGAACCGAGGAGCACGCCGAGGCACAAGAGGGAGCUGAGGUCGGCCAUGAAAGCCAGAGGUAGUGAGGCGGACUUCAGCUCCUCCAGCAGCACAAGCAGCCUGAAGACCCGGGAGGGCCUUGCCUCUGGUUCAGUUGGGAAGAAAACUCCUUCACGCAGCCGUGCUGCUCACAUCCGACCACUUCCAGUGUUCAAACCAGCCGGGAGCCUGGCAGCCAAUCGGGAUGCAGAGCUCUACGCUCCCUUCAGGACUCCGCCCAGAGCUGCCUCUUCAACCACCAACAGCAGCAGCUGCAACUCCAGCCCCACUUCUAGAAGAGUGAACUUGGGCCGCUACCACUCUUGUGGGGAUAACCAUGGCAUCAGGCCCCCGAAUCCGGAGCAGUACCUCACGCCCCUGCAGCAGAAGGAAGUGUCCAUCAGGCACUUGAAGAUCAAACUAAUGGAGUCUGAGAACAGAGUUCGUGACAGAGAAACUGAGAUUGAUGAGCUUAAGGCCCAACUUGGCAGAAUGAGGGAGGACUGGAUUGAAGAGGAAUGCCACCGAGUGGAAGCUCAACUGUCCCUCAAAGAAGCCCGCAAAGAGAUCAAACAGCUCCGGCAGGUGGUGGAAACCAUGAAGAGCAGUCUGAUGGAGAAGGACAAAGGAAUUCAGAAGUACUUCAUCGAUAUCAACAUCCAAAACAGAAAGUUGGAGUCCCUUCUGCAGAGCAUGGAGCUCGCCCAGAGUGGUAACAUGCAUGAUGAGAGCUCACUGGACUUUAUGUGCGACAGCCCGGAUGGAAGCAGGAAGAAACUGGAGGAGGACGUGAUGGAGCUGGAAGACCAGGCAGCCGAGGCAAUGGCCGACAGUGGUCUGCUGGUAAACGACGAAAUGGCCAACAGGGAGGAUAUUUUUGAGCAAGUCCUCAUGUCCACGGCAGUGGACUACAGCCAGGACUCCGGUAACAGACCAGGCCCUUCAGCAGAAUGUGGUCCUGAGAUAUCCGCUGUCACAGAGGGGCAGUCGGCUGAUAAAUCUACCACACACCCACCCAAUUUGCCAAAUGCACUUUUGACCACAGUUACCAUCCCCUCAAGUACUCCUUCCCAGCAGAUGUCGGAUGAUAAAGGGAUCCAGACCGAGCCAGUGCCCAUGUCUCCAGACCUGCAAGGACUUCUUCUCCAGCUGCUCAAGUUCCACGGGGCUUCACUGGAGGAUGCAGCUCUAUCAUCCCCCAGCAGUCUCCUGGGGUUUCCGAACCUACCCCCCUCUUCUUCUACUGCCAUUCAUCCUGACCCGACACCACCCAAAUCCAGCAUCCCCCCGGGGAGCCUGGACCAUUCCGCCGACUCCGGCAUGUGUUGCUCGGAGCCCGCAGAGAGCCGUCGGUUCAUGGAGGAGCUGGACUUUGGAGUCCACGAAGGGGAACCUGGUCUGGCUCCGGGGCUGGAUGUGGUCGGCAAGCGUUACUGGAGCAGCAGCUUUCUGGUGGAUCUGGUGGCGGUGGCGGCCCCGGUGUUGCCCACAAUGGCCUGGCUCUACUCUCGGCACGGCGUGGACGGAAGCGCGCCGGUCUACAACAUCGCCGCUCUGAUCAGGGGCUGUUGCAUCAUGGGAUUGCAGUCCCUACGCCAUGUCACCAACGUACCAGAUUAGAAAAAGGGGAAACGACACGCAUGCGUAUUCUGAUAUUUGAACUAAAAGCACUUGAGCAUCUUAAGAAUAUUUAUUGCAAUCUUUUUUUUCCCCCCCCACCCUCAACACAUGGUGAUAUCAAUGCAGUUCUUUUACUUUUAAGCACUGUUACUUUGCACAGCACAGUUACCACGACAAAGGUGAGUGGUGACGAGAUGGGGAUUAUUUAUUCCAGGGUUUAUUUAUGUAUUUGUAAUUUACAUUUGCAAGCAGAUCAUCUGGGUAGAUGGUUAUGUAUUAUCUUUGUUCCAUAGUGUCCCGAAUUGUCUUUUCUUUUUUUUAAGAAAACUUAUUUAUGUUGAUUACUUUUCUUUUUUUUUUUUUGUCUUAAGGACUUGAGAGACCGACUGCUGCUUUCUGUUUAAUGUAUUUUGAAAUCUUUUUGUGUCUCUGUUCAAAAAGGAACCCUAAACUUUCAGCCAAAGCUUCAGUGCGAGUUCACUGUCGGUGAAUCUGUUUCCCUUCUACCCUGGGAGUAGAGCUUUACUCUGUACAGCCCGUGUGUUGUUCAUAGAUAUUAAGUUGACGCUUCAAAGCAACCAACACUUGUUACGUGCCUGAGCGAUGUGCAAUACUGGUGGUUUACAUCCAAUGUCCUUGUAUCUUUACUAAUAAAGCAUGAUAAAUCUGGACAAGUUUGGACGGAGAAUGCCUUGUUUGACUUUCCCUCUUCUGGAAACUGAUUCUUAGCUAUGCUUAUGUGCAGGUCUGCACAAAAUAUUGGCAACAUCGACUAGAUUUCUCUGCAUCAGUGAAUAAAUAAGUUAAAUGGUGGGGACUGUUUUAGUUUUAAUCGGAGUUUUAAAAAACAAACUCCUUUCGUUUAAGCCUUCUUGGCUUGUUUGUCAAGCAUCCCCUGGGUCAUGGAGCCCACAAUGAAGUGCAUUAUCUCCACUCUGCCGUCCCUACCCUUGUGCUAGCAAAAUUAGGUCAAUGCAAGCACAGCUGAAACUCAGUCCCCAUAAGCUACCGAUGCCUCCUGUCACAUCCAUCCACGCUCAAAGACGAGCAAAAGCUAACAGUUAGCCUCUGUGAGACUUCAUUUCCGCAACGCCACAUGGUGAUCUACAGUUG